AUGGCCCAAAUGGAGCCUCAAAUUGCACCGCUCGUCAAUCACAGUCUUACUCUAUUCAAAACACUGGAUAACUUGGCAGUUUCCAGUCAGGAUGAACUCACAAAAGUUCGUUCACACCUGGCCAGGUUUAAACUAUGGGCAGGUAGCUUGGGAGCACAUCGGCCCUUUGGAGACCGUUCGCUGGAAUAUCGUCUUCGCGACACGUCCUUUGUGCGCAAUCACGUAAUUUCCCUAUUACAAGAACUUGUUUCUUCGAUCGAUGAAGGAAUUCAGGCAUACACUACAGAUGGCGACGACAAGAUGGCAACGGAUGAUUUGGACGAUACGGAUAAAGACUUGACUUCAUACUUUGCGUCAGAUAAAGAAUCCGAUGCAAUGGUGACUCUUGAAAAUAUCGGACAAAUUAUUGAUUGCUUGCUGAGAUUGUCCGGCACAAUCCGGAAUCCAGCACCUCACGACCAAUUCCUCUCCAAGGCCGGGGCAGAUAUUUUUUCCACCUUCAAAGAGUGCGAUAUGAAAUAUAUACGCCAAACGUUCAGCAAACUUGACGGUAAUAUUGCUGAUAGACUAGGAAUAGCCUUGUCUCGCCGACGUCAAUACUUGAAAUACAGAGAAGAGCUCAGUGUUGGCGCAACCAUGGCUACGUCUUCUAAUUCGGAAAUGUCCAAGAACAUGGAAAACGCAGAAUCAUUUACUGAAUUAGACAAAAUCUGCGACAAAAUGUCUGAAAUUUCUGAAACGUCGUAUGCGAGCUCGGAUGCUGCCACCGAUGAGCUACAAGUCCCUGAUAUACCAGAGGAGCAUAUCAAGGUGCCAUUUCAGUGCCCAUACUGCCGCGCAACAAUAAUGAUUGAAGAUAGAAAGUCCUGGAAGAAGCACGUGUUUGGAGACCUUCAGCCGUAUGUCUGCUUAUUUGACAACUGCUCGUCCCCAAAUCAGCUUUAUCAACGCCGAAGGGAUUGGGCGGCACAUAUGGAACGAGAACAUUGGGUCUCGUGGUCUUGCCCGUUUGGCUGCCCCAAGUCAUUUGAUGCUCAGGAAAUCUUCAAGGCACAUCUCAACAGAGAACAUAAGCAAAGCUUCGAGUCCAUUGAUUUACAGGCGGUCGUGAAUAUGUGCAGCUCUCCAGACGAUUCCAAAAUGGUUGGCAUUUGUCCUCUCUGCUGGGUUCACCAGAUUCAAUCUGGUGAAAGCUAUCAAUCACACGUUGGCGAUCAUCUCGAACAUGUCGCUCUUUUCGUGUUACCUCAAACAGUAUUUGAUGGUAACGAUGACGGACACGACGGACACGAUCAUGAUAGACACGAUAACGAUGAUAAUGAAGGCCAUGACGGCAACGAUAAUGAAGUAUACGAUGGCUACAAUGGCAACGAUAGUGACGGCCACGAUAGCAACAAUCACGACGGCCAUGAUGACUAUCAUAAUCAAGGCCACGAUAGCCACGAUAGCAGUGAUGAUGAUGACCACGAUGGCAAUGAUAACGAUACCCACGAUGACUAUCAUAAUCAAGGCCACGAUAGCCACGAUAAUAACAGCCACAAUAGCAGCGGGAAUAACGACCACGAUGGUGAUAAUAAUGGCGACAACGAUGGCAACGAUUCUAAAGGUCACGAUAGCAACAAUAAUAGUGCCUACGGCGGCAACGAUAAUAAUGACCACGUCGGUAAUAAUAAUGACGGCCACGAUAGCAACGAUAAUAAAAGCUACGACGGCAAGAAUGAUAGCGACCACGAUGACUAUGAUGAAAACGGCCACGAUAGUAACGAUGAUAAAGGCCAUGAUACCAACAAUACUAAAGGCCAUGAUGGUAAUACUAUUAAAGCCACGAGCCAUAACAAAGGCCAUGAUAGCAACGAUAAUAAAGGCCGCGACGACAGCGAUAAUAAAGUCUAUGACAGCAAUGAAAAUAACAGCCCCGACGGCAGAGAUAACAAAGGCCACAACAACAAUGGCCACGACGGCAAUAAUCCUAAAGGUCACGACGGUAAUGAUAACAAAAGCCACGACAGCAACGAUAAAAAGGGCCACGAUGACUAUGAUAGUCAUACGCGUCCCAAGAAAAAUUACGGCAAAAGCGACCAUCACCGAGAAUCUCGCAGAGACGAGGAUGAGGAAUUGGAUAAAGACAAUACCAGUUUCACGGAUAACCGAACCUCAUCCCAAUACCGACAAUACCGACAAUACAUCCCUGAUGUCAGUGGGCUUACGUAUGAGACGAUAGAACGCACCGUACACCAUACUCAAACCAGGACAGUCACUACUACUACGAGUGAGACCUUUGUGAGGGAGAGACUUGGACCUAGUUCACCUCGUCUACGCGGUGGCUUUACGGCAUCGCCUCUGGUGGAGGAGAUAAGUGAUGGCGAACCGGAGCGGUAUCAGAGAUACGGGGUUAGGACGGAAAGACAUACUGAGGGAGACGGAGAGAAUAAGUGA